AACCAGGGAAUUCCGGGAGAUUAAGGGCUUUACCUGGCCCCGGGCUUCAAGGGGUCUUGGAGAACAUCUAGCCCCAUUUUUUAUUUUGCACAUAAGGAACCUGAAGGUCCUCCCCCCCAACCCUCCCGAAUCCAGCCUCUAAUGGGGUCCUCUGAGUACCAUGUAUCCAGGGGCCUUUCCAGUGUCCAAGGCUGGGUGGAAGGGGGGGGGGGAGCUGACACGCCGUCUUUGGGAAUUGUUGUUGCCGCAUCUGUCUGUACCGUGGCCAUGCUCCUUGGUUUGGGGGUUAGCACACCACCAACGACGACUUAGUCCCAUACAGCAUUAAAGCUUAAUUAAAUGCCUAAUAAGGGAUUAUCUCUGGAGGGGGGGGGGCUCCCUGCCUGAAAAGCAGACGAAGCCCCUACCACAUCGAGAUUCGGGGAAUUUAGGAUUAACAGGCCUUAGACCCAUUUUUGGACAGAUGAUUAAACUGAGGCUCUGGGCGAUGACGUCUUUUGUCCCGGACGUGUUUUCCGGGGGAGACAGGAAUGGAGCCCACGCUUUUGCUGACCUCAGGGCCGCCGCUUCCUCUAACCGUGAAAUGGGAAAACAAUCAAAGUGCUCCGCUCGCCUCUCAUCCUGCCGGACACUCGCGCUCACGGAAGGAAUCCCUGGACGGGGACGACAAGGAGCUGGAGAGCAGCGAGGAGGGCGGCGGCGGAGGAGGGAGCGGGAGCGGGAGCGCGGAGGACCGGAAGCCCGAGCAGCCGCCCAGCAGCCACUUCUGCCUCUACGCCUACCACGGAAGCAGAUCACCAACACAACGUGGGGACAGUGACGAUGGAAGUCCCGGUAGCCUGACUUUGGAAACCCCUUCUGCUGCAGACUUCAGCCUCUCCUUGGUAGAUACUAAUUUACCAUCCGAAGUGGAGCCAGAACUCCGGAGCACCCUCACUAAGCGUCUGUCCAAAGGAGCUGUCUUCGAAGGGCUGGGCAAUGUCACAUCGGCGGAGCUGAGUCUUCCAGAUGUCCGGGUCGGUUGCUAUUACUGCCUUUUCCAGCAAGACAAGCCACUUCUAGAAAGAGCAGCUGCAGAGCUCCUUCCCGAUCCUCCUGAGUAUAUAGUCUGUUUCCUGGGAGGCUCUGAAAAAGGACUUGAGCUUUUCAGACUUGAGUUGGACAAAUACAUCCAAGGCUUGAAGACAAACGUGGAUGGUGAGGAAGGUAGCCUGGAGGCCUGCACCAAAUCCUACCUUAGCAACUGGUUUGAGGCAGCCAUAUGCCCAGUUCAGAGGGUCGUGCAUCUCUUUCAAGAGAAGCUUACCUUUCUCCUGCAUGCUGCUCUGAGCUACACCCCUGUUGAAGUGCAAGAAGCAGAUGAAAAAACAAAGAGAGACAUUAAUGGGUUUCUGAGUGUGGCCAGUCUCCAGGGGCUCAUUCAUGAAGGGACAAUGACGUCCUUAUGCAUGGCUAUGACUGAAGAGCUGCGUAAGUCAGUGGUUAUAAAUUGUAGUGGAACUCAGCCCCAGUUUUCCAAUGCAGGAAGCAACAGGUUUUGUGAGGAUUGGAUGCAGGCGUUUCUGAAUGCUGCAGAAGGCGGCAACCCAUUCCUUUUCCGACAAAUCCUAGAGAACUUUAAACUGAAGGCUAUCCAAGAUACAAACAACCUGAAGAGGUUUAUUCGCCAGGCAGAAAUGAAUCAUUAUGCCUUAUUUAAGUGCUACUUAUUUCUGAAGAACUGUGGCAGUGGAGACAUCCUGCUGAAGAUAGUCAAAGUGGAGCACGAAGAAAUGCCAGAAGCCAAAAACGUGAUCCUGGCCCUUGAAGAAUUCAUGAAAGAAGCAGCUGUGGUCCAGGCUUCUUAAUCAUUGUUUUUUUAGAUACUCUGAAGCUGCUGCAACACAGUACUGUACGGUCAUACUCUCAUGAUUGGCAGAACCAGUUUGUCAUUGUCAUAAUGGGUUAUGCUAUCCAAAAGCAUUAGGUGAUUUCAGACUCAUUUUAGGUUGCAGUCUCGGUGGUCUGAAUCAUGUAAAAACCAGUGAGACCAUUUUCCUUUGAGUCGUAGGGAUAAAAGUGUACAAGUACGUAGUUGUUCUCUUUGUCAGCUUUUAGCCUCGUCAAUCAUAGAAUCUUGGGGUUGAAAGGGAACACCAGAGGCUAUCUGAUCUCUCUAGACCCCUGCCUUGGCAUGGGCAAUCCUAUUUUUCUAGGUUCACAGAAAGAGAUUCUGUAGUCUCUCUCUUUAGUCCAUUCCUCUGUUUAAAACACUUUUGAGACACUUUCCCUGGCAGAAAAUCAUCGUGAUUCUUUCUCAGUCGCCACUGGAUUUAGCAUUUUUAGCCCCUUGGAGAAGAUCCAGUUCUAGACUUGGGACUGGCCAGCUUCACAAAAGCAUUCCAAAGACAGGUCUAGACCGUGGCUCACGGCUUAAAAGCUUUGCACUCUGUGGGUGCCUCAUAUAUCUUGUUGGAUGAUGGCAAUGCUGAAAUGGUCAGCCCUGGUGCUGAUGGGCAAAUAAAACUUGAAUUUGUUACAGAUUUGGUAUAGAUUGUAAAAUGAGUUUGUAGAGGAGAUGUGAUAAUUCAAAGGGAUUUGUAGGACAGCCACAAAAACGAAUCGAACUAACCCUUUAAAGAAUACUUUUCUUUUUUUCAUAAAGCCGAACAGGCUUUCCUGGUUGGUUGGUUGGUUGGUUGGUUGGUUGGUCGGUCAUCCUUUGAGUGAUUAGGGAUGGUGAAAAGAAAAACAAGGGCAUUCUACUGGCAGCGUAUAACCUUGGAAACUCAACAGAGAUUGUUCAUUACAUUCAGACUCGGGCAUUGAUUUUUGAUUUCUGUACUUUCAUUCUUGUCCUCAAAUUGUUUUGUACCAAAUCAAUGGAAAGUCUGCUCUCAAGAGAACCGGAUCUCUUUCCACUGGAACAGAUUGCAGCAACACAGAUGUAGCAGUGAUUUUCCUUGUGUAUAGCUAUUUAAAUAAACCCCAUUUGAUCAUU